AUGAAUUGGAAUAAAGGUGGCCCUGGUACUAAGAGAGGCUUUGGUUUUGGGGGAUUUGCUAUUACCCCUGGGAAGAAAGAGGAGCCCAAGCUGUCUCAGCAGUCCCACAGCGCGUUCGGAACAGCCGGUUCUUCUGCUGCCUUUGCAAAAUCAGCACCUCCUCAGCUGCCUUCUUUCUACAAAAUUGGGUCAAAACGAGCAAAUUUUGAUGAAGAGAAUGCGUACUUUGAGGAUGAAGAGGAAGAUUCCAGCAAUGUGGAAUUGCCCUACAUUCCUGCAGAGAAUUCCCCCACCCGCCAGCAGCUUCACUCCAAGUCAGCAGACUCUGACAGUGAUGAUGACCCCCUGGAGGCUUUCAUGGCUGAAGUGGAGGAUCAAGCUGCUCGAGACAUGAAAAGACUUGAAGAUAAAGACAAAGAAAAGAAGAAUGUCAAGGGUAUUCGAGAUGACAUUGAAGAGGAAGAUGACCAAGAAGCUUAUUUUCGCUACAUGGCUGAAAACCCCACUGCUGGUGUGGUCCAAGAAGAGGAAGAGGAUAACCUGGAGUAUGACAGUGAUGGGAAUCCAAUUGCACCCUCCAAAAAAAUCAUUGACCCUCUUCCACCUAUUGACCAUUCAGAGAUUGAAUAUCCACCAUUUGAGAAGAACUUCUAUGAUGAGCACGAGGAGAUCACCAGCCUCACUCCACAGCAAGUCGUGGAGUUACGUCACAAGCUCAAUCUCCGGGUCUCUGGUGCUGCUCCUCCAAGGCCUGGCAGCAGUUUUGCUCAUUUUGGGUUUGAUGAGCAACUUAUGCAUCAGAUCAGGAAAUCUGAGUAUACCCAACCCACUCCUAUACAGUGUCAGGGUGUUCCAGUUGCCUUGAGUGGCAGAGAUAUGAUUGGGAUAGCUAAGACUGGAAGUGGGAAAACAGCAGCCUUCAUCUGGCCAAUGCUGAUUCACAUCAUGGAUCAAAAGGAGCUGGAACCAGGGGAUGGUCCCAUUGCAGUCAUUGUGUGUCCCACCAGAGAGCUUUGCCAACAGAUCCAUUCUGAGUGCAAGCGCUUCGGGAAGGCGUACAACCUGCGCUCUGUGGCUGUGUAUGGAGGAGGCAGCAUGUGGGAACAAGCCAAAGCCCUCCAGGAGGGGGCAGAGAUAGUUGUCUGCACACCAGGUCGUUUAAUUGAUCAUGUGAAAAAGAAAGCUACAAACCUUCAAAGAGUCACUUACCUUGUGUUUGAUGAAGCUGACAGAAUGUUUGAUAUGGGUUUUGAAUAUCAGGUUAGAUCAGUUGCCAGCCAUGUACGUCCUGACAGACAGACCCUCCUGUUCAGCGCCACCUUCCGCAAGAAGAUCGAGAAACUGGCUCGAGAUAUUCUGAUCGACCCCAUUCGAGUUGUGCAGGGAGACAUUGGAGAGGCAAAUGAGGAUGUUACUCAAAUUGUGGAGAUUUUCCCCUCUGGCCCCAGCAAGUGGAACUGGUUGACUCGGCGCCUCGUGGAGUUCACCUCUUCUGGGAGUGUUCUCCUCUUUGUCACCAAGAAGGCAAAUGCAGAAGAGCUGGCCAAUAACCUCAAGCAGGAGGAUCACAACCUGGGGCUGCUUCAUGGGGACAUGGACCAGAGUGAGAGGAAUAAAGUCAUUUCGGAAUUUAAGAAAAAGGGGAUCCCAAUCCUGGUGGCUACUGAUGUGGCAGCUCGUGGGUUGGAUAUUCCUUCCAUUAAGACUGUGAUUAAUUACGACGUGGCUCGGGACAUCGACACGCACACCCACCGGAUCGGUCGGACAGGCAGAGCUGGGGAGAAGGGAGUUGCCUACACUUUGCUGACCCCCAAAGACAGCAACUUUGCUGGUGAUCUUGUCAGAAAUCUGGAAGGUGCUAAUCAACACGUUUCCAAAGAGCUGCUGGAUCUAGCAAUGCAGAACCCCUGGUUCCGGAAAUCCCGUUUCAAAGGAGGAAAAGGCAAGAAGUUGAAUAUUGGUGGUGGUGGUUUAGGGUACCGUGAGCGUCCUGGUCUGGGGUCAGAAAACUCUGACCGUGGCAACAACAACAAUGUGAUGAGUAACUACGAGGCUUACAAGCCAUCCAGUGGGGCCAUGGGAGACAGACUCACAGCAAUGAAAGCAGCUUUUCAGUCCCAGUAUAAAAGCCACUUUGUUGCUGCAAGCUUAAAUAACCAAAAGACUGGGAGCUCUGCUGCUGGUGCCAGUGGCUGGACCAGCGCCGGGAGCUUGAACUCAGUGCCCACCAGUUCAGCCCAGCAAAACGUGACCGGUCCGGACGGCCCCGCCGCGCCCAAGGGUGUCCCGGGAUUCACCAGCUCGGGGAGCUUGAGUAGCGUUCCCACCUUUCCCAGUGCCGGGGUCCAGGGCUUCAACAGCACAAAUGCCAGCAGCAACAGUCGGGAAGGUGUUGGUGGCGGCGGUGGCAGCGGCGGCGGUGGCAGCAGCGGUGGUGGUGGUGUCAGGGAGCGCUACCCCGACAACCGGACCGGUCGCCACAACGAGCCCCCGCGUGGUCGCUACAACGAGUUGCAGCAACGCCACGGGGAAGGAGGUGGUCGUCACAGUGACGCCCACCGGCACGGGGAGGGCAGGCACGGCGACAGCCACCGCCAGGGCGACAACCAUCGCCAGGGCGACAACCACCGCCAGGGUGACAACCGGCACUUCACCGAGGGGGGCGGUGGCAGCCGCAACAACGGCGACAGCAGGAACAGCAGCGAUGGGAGGAGCAACAACAACGAGAGCAGGAACGGGGAGAACAGGAAGGAUCCCACCAGCCGAGACAACAAGACAGAUGGGUUUGCUGUCCCAGAGCCCCCAAAACGUAAGAAGAGCCGGUGGGACAGUUAA